AUGCCAGCCUACUCCAUUCAAAAGGAUCCCGCCUGGGUGCAAAAACCAGCGCCCGGCUCGUCUGUCCCUCCCGAGUCCAUCUUCUCCGACGACGACACCACCAUCGACGCUCGAGUCCUCGAUCAUCCAGACAUGCCUGCCAUACCGCCACUGAGGAUUCAGAAGUCCUACCAUCCUCCGUUCCAUGCACAUCCCGAGCAGAGCAUCACCGACAAUGGACCUCAAGUUCGACAGUCGAGACUGCCCAUCUUCAAGCAGGUGCGCUCAAUGCUGCACAAGCCCGCCGGAAACAAGGUCAAGUAUGAUGAGAUUUCGGGGAAUGUGAGCGACAAGGCACCUCGAGUCCAGCCCUCGACCUACAAGAGCCCUUAUGAAGGCGCCUUUGAAGUCGUUCGGGAUAGACGAUCUCCAACGCGAUUGCAGAAAAGCCCACCCAAGAGCAUCCGAAGCAUAUCGCCCGUCUCAAUGGUUGGUGAUGAUGCCGAGCCAGCGAGUCCAGGAGAGUCGCAGUGGGAGGAUGUGCCGUCGUCGCCCAUCUCACCUGUGUCGGAAGUCUCGCCUGACUACUACCGCAUCCCACUCGGACACUCACCCAUGCCCAUGAAUGGAUAUUCACUUCCCGAGACACCCUCCCACACCAAGACAGUGACUCGGAAAUCUGUGCCCAGCCGACACUCGAUCUCACCUGAAAACAUCCCACCACCCUCACGAGACAGCAACACCAGCGACAUUCAAGAGCACACAUACCGCGACCCGAAGAGUCACUUCAGUUGGACGACAUACGCAGGCUCAGUUGCACCAACACGACCCUCAUUCGAGACAGGCGGCUACCCAACUUCAAGACACAGCAAACAACCAUCAGGCGAAGCACCACUCCAGAGUCGAUUCAGCUGGAGCACCGUCAACACAAACAUGACGAACCAGAUCCGCCCUGACUCACCUCCGCCGAGCCCACCGCCACCUGUCCCCUCCAAAUUCAAGACCCUCCCCGUCCAGUCCAUCCUCUCCCGACACCGCCCCAUCCAGCGCGCAGAUCGAGAAAUCUGGACCCCACCACCACGAAAGACCUCCCUCCAAGACCCAGCAACCUACACCCCCCUCUCCGCCCGCUCCAAAGUCACCAUCACGCCCCGGGCCCUCGACACCACCACCCCAUCAUCAUCCUCAUCCGGCAAGAAACAACUCCCCCCACCCCCGGACCUCCUCACCCCCGUCUCCCCCAUGUCGCACCUCGAAACCCUCCUCGCCUCCGAACAGGACAAACAGCACCAACGCAUGAACAUCCUCAAAGUCAUCGACGAGCUGGAGAAGAAGGAGAAGGCGAGUCCGCUGGAGGUGUCGUUCGCGGAGUUAAGGGAGGCGAAGAAGAAGUUGGAGGAGUAUCGGGAGACGUUGGCGGAGGUGCUGUUGGAGGAGCGGGAGAUUGGGAUUGCGAUUUCGAGGGCGAGAAGGAAGGAGGGCGAGGAGGAGGGGUUGUGGGUUAGGCGGGUGACGGGGUGA